GGAGCGAGACCAACCUCGGGAGUCAACGAAAAGGGCCAACGCAAAACAACAUGGCGGAUUUGAUCUGGUAACUUAUCGCAUACAAAUGGUGAUUGUGUUUUGCACGAAGGCAGCCAUUCUCUCACCUACACAGGUACCAUGGGGAAAGAGCAGGACCUUCUACAAGCAGCAAAGACUGGAAAUGUUGCACACAUCGAGAAGAUUCUCGGGCACAAGGCGAGGAAGUCAGGGAUCCAAAGUUUAAUGAGCAAGACUGUAAAUCCAAAUCAUCAAGACGAGCUUGGUUACACUCCGCUUCAUUAUGCAGCGUUAAAUGGCCACAGGUCAUCAGCAGAGCUUCUUCUGAAAUAUGAUGCCUCUACAAACAUUCCAGAUAAUUCUGGGAACUAUCCCCUUCACUUGGCUGCGUGGAAUGGUCAUGCUGAUGUGGCUAGAGUGCUGAUAAACACAGGACCAUCUAGAGCAAAUGUUAAUGAACAGAAUGGCACUGAAGACACAGCAUUGCAUUCAGCUUCCCAGUUUGGCCAGAGCCUUGUUGUGGCUGUAUUGCUUGAGAAUCAUGCUGACCCUUACAUUCGUAAUGGUCGCCAAGAAUCACCUCUUGACUUAGCAGCUCAGUAUGGCAGAAUGGAAACUGUUAAGCAACUGCUAAACUACCAUCCCAAUCUGCUUGAGGAUGUGAAUGUAGUCAGGACGCACACCCCUCUUCAUCUUGCCGCCAGAAAUGGUCACAUGAAUGUGGUAUCUUACUUCCUUAGUUGUGGAAUGGGUGUUAACUUAACAUGUACCUCUGGAACAGCUCUUCAUGAAGCAGCCUUGUUUGGUAAAGUGGAUGUCGUCAAUCUUCUCUUACAGUGUGGGGCUGACAUCACAGUGGUGGACAGCAACAACAAGACAGUUACAGAUCUGUUGGCUGCUCACCCCUCAGCAAAGACAAGAGAGAUAGAAAGUCUUAUUUAUGCGUGCAGUCUCAAAGAACCAGUAUCUAGCUUAAAACGACAAUGUACUGAAUUCAGACCGAAUACAAGGACUUCUAGGACAUCAAACACUUUCCCUGGAUUUUCAGAUCGACCUAAAUCAGCAAUGUACACAAGGACACUGAGUUAUGAAAAUGUACCAAAUCGACAAGUUUUUGACUCUGACCUGCUUCGGAGAUCUGGCACAUAUGAUUCGGUUCCAGUUCUGAGAACAAAACAGGAAUCUUUGAUGCAAACCAGUUAUGAUACCGUUCCACCGCCUACAGGUACUUCAGGCAGACACUCUUUUGACUGGACUAGAUAUGACGAAGUGGGGUCCAGAUCUCCAAACAAUGUCCACUUGUCUAAUGCUGGUAGAGGGUAUGCCCUCCUAGGGCCUCCUGAAGAGCCUUCUCCUAUGCUAAGUGCUCAGGAGGUCAGAGCAGGGUACUCCCUCCUUGGCUCUCCGGCACAGCCUGGGGCAGUUGCCAAUGCACGGUGCCCGCUGCGCCCUGACAGUGCUUAUGCUAAAGUCCGAAACGAAGGGGAGAACUUUUUACCAGCUAAAAUGGGUGCGUCUUCUCAAACAGUGUUUGAUGAUUAUUCCUGUCUUGGAUUUCCAUCCUCUGGCGAGGAAAGUGAACCUUUACCCAUAUCAGGAAUGGUUAGUGAAGAUAACCCUGACUAUUUUUUGGUUGGCGAGCCAAAUCAACAGCUUUCACGAGCUCAGAGACAGAACAAUGACAGCUAUGACUUGGUUGGAUCACCACAGGGGUCAAGACUGAGUUCAAGUAGACAGCCAAGUAUCUAUGAAGUCCCCUCCUCAUAUUUAAGAGGUAAAGGAAACGGUCAGGAGGGGGAUGACACACCCAGCCAAGUCUCCUCUAGAACAUCAAGGGGCCAGUCGUUUGAUUUAUACGAAAAUACCACCAUUGGAACUCCACAGCAGUCAAAUCAGCCGCUCCGCCAAGAUUCUGCUUACGACCUUGUGACACUUCCGCCACGAAAAGCUACUCUGGAUCAACCUUCAUAUGAUGUGGUACCACCGCCGAGUCAAGUACCCCAGGAGAAAAGAAGCACCGCAGGGCUUCAUACCUCGUCAGCUUCAGGUGCCAGGGCCCAAGGAGAGAAGCCCUGCCCCCUGGAUGCUGAAGGAUAUGAAUUUGUACGGCUACGAAAGCCAGGUUCCUUACCUAGUGAUUCUGCACCUGAAAUGCAGCCUUUUGCCCCUUUGGCAGGGUACGAGCCUAUGGGCCCUCCAGACAAUACUGAGUACGAAAUACUGGCCCCACCGGCGGAACUCCAGGAGCAGGUUGCCGACCGUGGAGAUUACGAAACUCUCGCUAUGGUUGGUCCGCAAAGAACAGGGUCUCAGUCAGUAUCACCGCAGAUGACCCAGCAGCCAUCUGGUCCGAUGAACAUUUCGAUGUCGGCACCUCUGUAUUCUAUGGUUGGUCCACAAACAGCAGAGCCCCAGGCAGGAUCAGCGCAGGUGAGCCAGCAACCAUCUGGUUCAAUGCACAUUCCAUUGUCGGCACCUCUGUAUUCUAUGGUUGAUCCACCAAGAACAGGGUCCCAGGCAGGAUCUACUCAGAUGACCCAGCAACCAUCUGGCUCGAUGAGCAUUCCAGUGUCAGCAUCUCUGUAUUCUAUGGUCGGUCCACAAAGAACAGGGUCCCAGACAGGAUCAGCGCAAAUGGCCCAGCAACCAUCUAGCUCAGUGAACACCUCAGUGUCGGCACCUUUGUAUGAAGUGCCACCUAUUAUGUCAUCGCCUGUAUACGAGAUUGCUCCACCUCCAAGGGACGUGCCACCGAUACCUCUCCGGCCAGGCGUAGCUGCCGCGCCUCAGUCCCAAAGCAGUGGUGAAGUGCAGUGGAUUGAAAAGGAGCACGAACCAGCCCUCCCCAAGGUCCCUCCACGCAGACAAAACGAAUAUUCAGACUGGCACCCCGUCAUGAGGCAAGAACCGCCGUCACCGGGAAGGCCCCCUAAGCAAGGGACCUACGAGCAAGUGCGCCUUGAAGGUCCUUCCGAAAAGGGAACCAUAGACUGGGAGAGAGUCCGGCAAAUGAGUGCGCGAGGUUCCGGGGGGGAGUAUUGCACACUGUCGACUACGGCAGUAGGACCUAGUGAGACAAAGAACAGAGAGAGUACCACCUCAAGCGAGAUAUCAUUUACGUCGGAGUCGGUCUUAACACCACCUUUCUCGCCACCGUCACCCAACACUGCUCAAGAAUCAGUGUUUGAAGCGCUCGGGGCUCUUCAACCCUCAGACAUGUCAACGAUCCCAGAGGAUCCUGAAAAUGUCAAGGAUGAACCAUCCCAACAACCACAACCCCCCCGUCCCAUGCCACGUAAGAAGUCCAAACCGAAGGUUCUUCCGCGCAGUGACAGCUUACACGACGAGGAGUACACAACAAAGCGCGGCGAUGCUAGGAAAGAUGAAAAUGGCUCAGGUUCUUUUGGAAGAAAUCAAGAUCCGUUCAGUUUUCCCCCUGCCGCCGCCCUUUCGCCAAAGACCGAAAGCCCAAAGAAAAGCGAUUUUGCCGAGCUGCACGAGAGAUUUUCGCCGUACUCUUCACGAGAGGACAUUUUCACUGACACAAACUCUGCGCCGGACAGCGAGCGUCAGGCACCAGACGGAGCCGAGGCUGAAAUCGACGUCAAACCAUCGCCAUUGAUUUACGAGAACGUUUUGUUCAAACAAGGCGACGACGCGGCAGAAGCCAACGGUAAUCAGCCCCACGAGAACGGCAGCGUCGUCAAGAGAGAAGCAUCUGCAGAAAGGCCUAGGUCCUACAGGUUAAGCACACUGUCAGCGGAUAGCCCCAUGGACGAGAGAGAAGAAUGGGAAAAGAUCGAAGCUUUUCUAUCUUCUAUUGGUCAAAUCGAAGUGCCUCAGACUUUGGAGCAACAGAUCGCUAAUGCGGGCAAAGCAGAAACUGUUCCUGGCUGGCUUAAGGCGUUGGAUCUUGAUCAGUACGAGUCGUCCAUGAUGGCGAAUGGAUUUGACGAUAUCAACUUUUUGAAUGGAGUUCUCGAAGAUGACGAUCUUUUGGACAUUGGAAUUGUAGACUUUUCUCAUAGAAGGACAAUUAUGGAAGCCUUGAAGUCCUUACCAGUCUGUCCGCGGCUUAGCGAUCCGGCCUUAUCCAAACCCGAGGGUUUAGAGGACUGGCUAGAGCUACUUUGCCUUCCCGAGUAUUUUGACGUGUUUCAGCACAAUGGCUUCACGUCCAUGGAGAGAAUUCACAUGCUCUGGGAAGUGGAGCUGACGUCGGUUUUGGAAGUAAACUCUCUGGGCCAUCGGAAACGAAUACUCGCCUCGUUAAAAGAAGAUGUAAAAGAACCGCAAAGGAAUGACCAACCAGAAGCCCUUAACCUUGACGAAAGCAGUACGGAUCUCGAAGAGAAGCUGGCCGAGCUCAAGAUGUACUGUCCAGACGAGAAACCGCCAGCCACCGCGACUGUAUCAUCAGUUAGUAACGCCGAAGACUCGAUGGCGGCUGCUGAAAAGUUCAUGACUGGCAACAAGCAGGUGCCUCAAAAAAAGCCGAGAAAAUCGAAAAAGUGGAAACACGAUUCGUCAGUGUUGAUCAAAGGAUGCGUCAACUACACCACCCUGUACCUCGGGUCGCAUGCUGUCAAGACAAUCACAGGGCUGGAAGCUACCAUUGACGCCUGCCGUAAAAUGAGGCUGUCAACGGCCAAGCUACAGAAGAUUCCCUCAGUGACACUGUCUGUGUCGGUUAAAGGAAUCAAGUUCAUCGAUGCAAGGUCAAAGAUUAUGGUGAGCUAUCACGACAUGAGGAAUAUAUCAUACAUCACUCAAGAUCCAGAAGACAGAAAAGUGUUCGCUUACAUCGCCAAGGACGCGAAAACGGAGAAACAUUACUGCCACGUGUUCAGGGUGGAAUCUACUGUCUUGUCAAAUGAAGUUACCAUGACCAUAGGACAGGCUUUUGAGCUGGCCUUCAGUCAGUUCAAGCAGGCUCAGAAAUCGCCUUCCUGAACCAUGAAUCGAGAAAUGACGUCAUCACAGUGUGCAUAGCAUUUCGGGAAGGGAUGACGUCAACUGCGACUGCCUAUAUCAAGGCUUGUCAAACGACGAAACAAAACUCUUUGUUAGUGAAGGCCUACUGAGGUGGACUUUGCUUAUGCUAAUCUCCUGCGCAGUCUAGGCAGAACCAGCUGCGAACGUGACAAGCGUCACGCUGGUCUUUUUCACUUUUUGGAAGAUCGUUGCGUGACGUUUUACAGGACAACUAGUUAUCCUAAGGAGAAGACACUGGCACUGAAUUGCAUGUCUUUUUUAUGUUGCUAGCUUAACAAUAGCAGGAGAGGUUAUGUUAGCUAAAGGGAAAUUUCCAGCUUGCCAACUAAGUCGCAUUACAGUCUGAGAAGGGAAACCUCUGCUGGACCAUGUAGCUAAUGAUUGAACUUUUAUUAUAAAGUCGAAUUUCUCGUAGGUGACCGCCAAUGUGCCAGUUAUGGGAGGUACUCUGUCAGUACGGUUUCGUUUACAGUUAUUUGGCUGCAUGAGAGAGCUGAGAGUUGUGUACAUGACGUCGCUAACCAGAGAUGAACUGCAACUUGGUUAACCUUAAACAAACCACUUCUAGAAUUAGAUGAUCCGAAUUAUCCCUGUGGAGAUUAAAAAUUAAACAAAAGUUAGCAAGCGGCAUCGGUACAAAGUGACUUGCCGUGAGAGAUGAUCCUUAAAUUUGAACGUAACUGUGAAGUAAAUCUUUUUUUUAUUUUAUUUUAUACUACUAGUAGGCGCGAUUCCAGACGUCUUGCGAAGUCGCUCUUGAAGUACACCGGAGCUGGAGACUAAUCCUAUAGAAGCCACCUGUUACUGUUAUUUGAUCUGCUGUCCAAUUUGGAAAAUUACUGCAUAUUGCCUUGAAUGUUAUAAUCGGUUAUAAUCCGCUUACGCGGACACUACAUUUCAACCCGUACCCCCCGCUUCCUUGACCCCAGUAACGUACACUCCCGUAAGUUGUAUCACGGGCGUCCACUGUGCUGCCGAUCGACUGUAUUUUUAAUAUUUGAUUCAAGGUUUAUUUUUUUGUAUAGGUUCGAUACAUGCGUUAAUUAACCUCAAAUUAGAUUAUGAAUUUUUAUAUGGCAGAUCAAUCGAGAAUUUGACUCUUUGAAGAAAAUUUAUUUUUUAUUGAUUAUUUUUUUAAAGAAAUACACCAUGCCUAAAUUCAAGCGUGGAUCGAGUGUCUUUAUUUUUGUCAUCAGAAUUCGCGCGUAGGAAAUAGCAAGGAUAAAAGAUCCCUAGUUAAUAGAAAUUAUUUGUACAGGAAGCUAAGUAAAUAAGAUUAAAAGCAUUUCUGGAACUGCUUUGUAUGUUUCAUUUAUUUAAAACGCUGUGCAUGGAGUUUGGGAUUGUUAACAGUUGCUCGCCUAAACAUCAAGAACAAAAGAAAUUGCAAAGGGCUUGGGGAAGAGGUAAGUCGGUGAGUUAUUUUCUCAAAACAGGCCCGUAUGGAAAUUGCAGGCAUCAAGGCCAGCCGGUACAAAACUGGCAUAAGAGCAAGUUCCAAACUUUUGAUCUAUUUGAAUAUUUAGCACAGAGAGAGAGAUGCGCAGUUUAUUAUCUUAAGCGGCCUUCACACGGCAAAUUAAAGUUGGAGAACUCAAGUAGGUGUGUGUGAACGGCACAAAAACAGUCGGCAAACACGUUGGCAAACUGUUGGCGACAAAUGGAACUUGCCUCUAUUCUGGCCAACUUUUUCGCCAACUUUUUCGUGUUGGUAAACUCGUAUCCGACGUUUUAACGAUUGGCAAACAUGUGUUGUUGACUGUCAACCAAUCAAAACACGGGCUCAAUUCACGUGAUUUAUUCGCGUGACACUUCUCAAAAUGGCGGACGCAAGUCAAGAUAAACGUACGCGAGGUCACUUUUAAAUUUGCGAAGAGGUUCACAAUUGUCCGGCUAUGUGGGACGUUUCAUCUGUAGUCUACAAAGAUACUAAAAACAAACAAAAGAAAAUGGAGAAGUAGCGGACAAACUGAGUUUCGUUCAAACCUUUCUCGCUUUCUGUUUCUUGAGGGGGGGCAAGGGUAUUUUCGUGACGCCGUGAUCCGGUUUUUUUGUGCUCUGUGAAUCGUGAUUUUAUAAAAAAAACUGUUCCGUGAAUCGUGAUUGAAGUGUAUUCCGCGAGGCGUGAAAUGCAA